UAGAGCAAAAAGAUUGGAAACUGGCCCUUUUUUUUCGCGGGAAUUUUGAAGAAAGCAAAAGCUAUAACCAAUGCUUUCGUUAACGUUAAUCUCAUCGCAAGUUACAGUCUUUCAACAAUCUUCCUUUUUCACCAUUCAAAAUCCAUCAUUACAUUAUUCAAAUUCCCGAAACGAGUUCAAACCCAGAAACACCAAAAACCCACCCCAAUUUUCUUGCAUUUCUUCCAAGGACUCAUGUUCUUUACCCGAAUUCGAUAACUUAACCAAUAUUUCAACUUUCCGUGAUAACCUAGAUGCCUAUUUUACGGAUAUAAACCCACCGUCGGUUUGUCGAAGAGUCGACUCUGAUGAGCUGUUAGCUUUGCUUCAAUCUUGUAAUAAUUUCAGACAAGUUAGGAGAGUUCAUGCGGUUGUUUUGAAGCGUUUAAAGAACCCGGUGACCUAUGUUGAGAAUAAUUUGAUAAGUUUGUAUGUAAGAUUUGGGAAGUUAAUGGAAGCUCGAAAGGUGUUUGAUAAAAUGGCUGAGAGAAAUUAUGUUAGUUGGACGGCGAUGAUAAAUGGGUAUUCGAAGAUGGAUUUUGAUGAUGAGGCUUUGAGGCUGUUUGGGGAUUCGAUCUUGAGUGGGGUUCAAGGGAACGGGAAGAUGUUUGUUUGUGUGAUGAAUUUGUGUAGUAGAAGGGUGGAUUUUGAGUUAGGAAGACAAAUUCAUGGUUGUAUUCUGAAGGGGAAUUGGAGGAAUUUGAUUGUGGAUAGUGCCAUUGUUUAUUUUUACGCACAAUGCGGAGAGUUGUUGAGUGCUUUUCGUGUGUUUUGUGCAAUGGAAGAGAAGGAUGUCGUUUGUUGGACAACUAUGAUAUCUGCUUUCUCCCAACAAGGGUACGGGAAGGAGGCUUUUUCAAUGUUUUCGAGAAUGCUAAAUGAUGGUUUUUGGCCUAAUGAGUUCACAGUUUGCAGUGUUUUGAAGGCUUGUGGAGAGGAAAAGGCAUUGAAAUUAGGCAGACAAUUACAUGGUGCUAUAAUCAAAAAGAUGUUCGAGAAUGAUGUUUUUGUUGGGACUUCCCUUGUGGAUAUGUAUGCAAAAUGUGGGGAGAUUUUGGAUGCUAGGGUUGUGUUUAAUGGGAUGAGGAAUAGAAAUAUGGUUACAUGGACUGCUAUUAUAGCAGGGUAUGCUAAGAAGGGGCUUGGUGAGGAUGCCAUUAGUCUUUUUCGAGUAAUGAAGAGACGAAAUAUAAUUGCUAAUAACUUGACCAUAGUAAGCAUACUCAUGGCUUGUGGUUCAGUUGGGAACUUACUCAUGGGCAGGGAAGUCCAUGCACAAAUAGUAAAAAAUUAUAUCCAAACUAAUAAGUACAUAGGAAGCACUCUAGUAUGGUUCUACUCUAAAUGUGGGGAGUACAAUAUUGCUUCCAAGGUCCUCCAACAGAUGCCACUGAGGGAUGUUGUCUCAUGGACUGCCAUGAUUUCUGGCUGUGCAAGCUUAGGGCAUGAGGCCGAGGCUCUCGAUUUUUUAAAGGAAAUGAUGGAGGAAGGUGUAGAACCCAAUUCUUUUACCUAUUCUUCAGCUCUGAAAGCUUGUGCUAAGCUUAAAGCUGUUUCACAAGGGAAGUUAAUUCACUCCUUUGCAAAUAAAACUCCCGCCUUAUCUAACGUGUUUGUCGGUAGUGCUUUAAUCCAUAUGUAUGCCAAAUGUGGUUUUGUAUCAGAGGCUUUUCAAGUUUUUGACAGCAUGCCAGAAAGGAAUCUGGUUUCUUGGAAGGCUAUGAUCAUGGGUUAUGCAAGGAAUGGAAUAUGUCGAGAAGCUUUGAAGCUUAUGUAUCGGAUGGAAGCAGAAGGUUUUGAGGUGGAUGAUUACAUCCUCACUACAGUUCUUAGUGCAUGCGGAGAUAUUGAGUGGGACAAAGAGCCUUCCUCAGAAAUAUUAUUGGCGACCUAAUUGGCCUAGUGCGCAUUUCAGAUGUAAACUUGUUUGUGGAGGCAUAGAGUUGCACUUGUCAAAAUUACUUCCCUUAAUGCAGGGUAUAUAUAGGAUGGACAAGCAUAAAACUGUUUAAAUGAAUGUUAUACUGAUAUCUGGUUAAGCCAUGGCCUGCCCCUCCUCUUGUAUUAAGAAAGUUAUGCCAGAAAAAUAGCAGAAGAUGGAAAAUGAUGGCACCGGUGCUGUUCUUGGGAGCUUUAUAUUGGCACAGGCUUUGGAUCAUCGUGCUGAGCAAUGAGUAUAACUUCAGCAACAGGAACAUAUAUGUAAUGUAUGUUCUUUGUAAACCCCCUGUAAAUCUACAUUCAUACUCCGAACUUAAAAAUGAUUUUGUUUCCAAAACGUUCUCAAAAUUCGUCCUCUCCUUGCACAUUAUUAUUUUUUGUGCUACUAUUAUUUGUCAUGUAUUAUAACUAUUCUACUCAGCCAACCGGGUCAUCCUCCUCUUUUUUUUCUC